UCUCACAGGAACAGUCACUUCACUAAAAGCAGAAACACACUGCAGUUGGCGAGUGAGGACAGACUAUUCUUUUUUCUCUUUGAUGGAGAAUUGAAUGAUUUACAGAAAACUAUACAAACUUUCAAACUGAAUAUUUUAUUUGGACUUGCUCACUGCUUUUUCAGUCGGUAUUCAGAAAGUGCGUUAUGUCCAGAGUUACCAAUCUGUCAAAACUGCGACAGGAGAGGAUGCGGGAGAUCAACCUGCGGAAUAAAGAGCGAGAGCGCAUGAGGGAGCGAGAGAAGGCUGCAAGGGAGAGUGUGGUGCUCAAGCCCAAUGGUCACCUUUUUACAUCUCUGACAGUGUCAGGAACCACACUCUGCUCAGCAUGCAACAAGAGUAUCACUGCAAAGGAGGCUCUCUGCUGCCCUACAUGCAGUGCCACUAUCCACAACCGAUGUCGAGAUACUUUGCCGAACUGUGCCAAAAUGAAACAGAGGCAACAAAAGACGGCCCUGAUGAAGAACAAUGUUCCACUGCGUGCAAAAACUCAAGGAAUGCGGGAACGUCCAACUUCAGCUAUUUACCCCUCUGACAGCUUCCGACAAUCUCUGCUCAGAUCACGCCGUGGCCGCUCUCACCUAUCCCUGUCCAAGAGUGUUUCCACCAACAACAUCGUAGGGUCGCUGAAUGAUGAUGCUCCCCUGGGACUACGCAGAAUUCUCUCCCAGUCUACGGACUCCCUCAGCUUCAGAAACAGAACUAUGUCGAUGGAGUCGCUCAAUGAUGACGGAGACAUGUACUACGCUUCUGUCCUGGAGGAGAUCGAGCUUGAGGGCCAGGACUUUAAGGCUGACUCGUGGAGCAUGGCUGUGGAUAGCAGUUACUUACAGACACAUCGCAAAAAUGUUAUCAAGAGGCAGGAUGUCAUCUAUGAGCUGAUCCAUACAGAGCUGCACCACAUGCAGACACUGCAGAUCAUGGAGAGGGUGUUUCGACAAGGCAUGCUGGAGGAGCUUCAGUUAGAGCCCAGCACCGUGCAUGCCAUGUUUCCCUGCCUGGACCAGCUCAUCAAGAUACAUUCCCAGUUUCUGGCACAACUUCUCCUGCGGCGCAAGAACAGCCUGCAACCUGGAUCCAACCACAAUUACACCAUCCAUCAACUGGGGGAUAUUCUAGUAGAGCAGUUCUCAGGCCAGUCUGCAGAUGACAUGCAGAAGACUUAUGCUGAGUUCUGUAGCCGACACUUAAAGGCUGUCAAAUCAUACAAGGAGCUGCUCGCUAAAGACAAGAAGUUCCAGUUCUUCAUACGGCAGGUGAGUCGAGGACCCUUGCUACGUUGCCAUGGUGUUCAAGAGUGCAUCUUAUUGGUGACUCAGCGGAUGUUCAAGUAUCCUGCACUUAUUCAGCGCAUUCUGGACAACACAACUGAUGAUGAAGAAGAAGCUUCCUCUGUGGCCCAGGCUCUACUGAUGGUCAGAGAACUUCUUAGUUCAAUUGACCAACAGAUGGACGAUCUGGAGAAAACACAGCGGCUUCAGGAAAUCCUUGCCAAGCUUGACCCAAGGGCUGAGGCCAUAGUACGGGAUGGAGGAAUAUUUAAAGCUGGAGAGUUACUCCGAAGGAGACUUAUCCGUGAAGGGACCCUUUUCUGGAAAACUCCAGGAUCACGACUCAAAGAUAUACAGGUCUUACUGAUGUCUGACAUCCUGGUGUUUCUGCAGGAGAAGGACCAGAGGUACAUCUUUCCAUCUAUGGACAAACCUCCAGUACUGUCUCUUCAGAACCUAAUAGUAAGGGACAUAGCCAAUCAGGAACGAGGCAUGUAUCUGAUUAGUGAUUCCACUCCUCCUGAGAUGUACGAGUUUUAUGCUGCUUCCAAGGACGACAAGAACAUCUGGAUACGCCAUGUACAGCACGCUGUCAGCAAGUGUCCAUCAAGAGAAGAGUUUCCCCUGAUAGAGUCGGAACACAAGGCUCAUCUGAGGAGGCUCAAAGCUGAUCUGCAGCACAAGGACCAGGAGAUGCUGGAGCUCCUGCAGGAAAGAGUGACUUUAUUCUGUGAACUGGCAGAGGUGACAAGCGGCCAGGAGAGCCUGCAGCCUCCCAUCACUCGCUACUUGUUUAGGGCCGACACACCACAAGCCCCUCGUGCUGAAAAGCUAUUACUGGAUGCCACAUCUGAGGUGGACAGACUGAGUGAACUCCUUCUGGGCUUCAGCAUGGACACCCGCCUUUUGUGCCAUCACAGCCACAUGGAGGUGGUAGACUGUAGUGACCAAGAGCUGUUGGUCAACGGAGCCCAGCAUUUUAUUGCAGCAAAGGAAUGCAUGAAGCGACAAGACAAGUCGCCGCUAAUGGAGAUCUGCCAAAGGCUGGUGAAUCUCAGCGUUUAUCUUCAUGCACUCCAGGGUGCUGUUAUUAAGCAAGACUCAAUCUUGGAGCUGUUACUGCAGCAACAAGGGACUAUGUCUCCAAGUGAAGUAUGGCGCCCUCUGUUGCGAGAUGGAGGACAUCGGGAAGCCACUGUAUUGUCAACCAUAGGAGAACUGGCGCUUCUGCAGAGACAACACAGCCUGCUGCAGGAAGAGCUGCUGAGACUGAGGGAUGCAGAAAAUCGGUUCAAAGACAGCGAGAGGGCCCGGGCUGAGCUAGAGAGGCAGGUCCGACAAAUGAAAGCGAGCAGUGGGGUUGCACCUGCUUCACAGCGGUAUGGAGAACAGGCCUCUCAGAUGUCUAAGCCUUUGUCAAUGCAGUCAGAAACAGAGAUCUCUACUGGAGUUUAUAACAUGCAAGCCAACCAAGAUUCUGUUCACCAGUCAAACCUGCAGCAAGUCAUUGACCUAGAGGUAUAUGUGACGUCAGAUGAUGAUGAUGACGAUGGGACUGCAUCUGAAAGCUCCAAAGGUUAACAGACAGACACGAUGUGACCGACUACUGUCUAUAUCUUCACGAUAUUCCAGAGGAGAUCUGAUCCUUGGCAUGUUUUCAUUCUACUAAUGACUGUAUGAAUAUAUUUGCUCAUCUGAAGUCUUGAUAUUUUGGUCUGCUUUGUUUUUGAGUAGUUUGUGUUGACGUGGCCGUGAGUUUAACAUUUAAUCACACGUUGCAUGAUAAACUUACAAGUAUUACAGCUACUAAUGUCUUAAUGUCUUAAUGAAAACAAGAUUUUUAUCAAUACUUUACCCAAUGGUCUUGGACUUG